AUGACGCGAGAUACCGAGCUCCGAGACGGGCAUUCGGGCGAAUACCUGUCGGGCGGAAGCGAGACCGUCGGCUCCGCCUAUAAAUACCCAAUCUUGGAACCCCUUCGCUUCGCCUCGAAAUCUUCUGGUGGCGAUGGCGGCGGCGGCGGCGGCGGCAGGGGGAGGAGCGCGGGAGGAGGCUCACUUUCGUGGGGUGCGGAAGCGGCCGUGGGGGCGGUUCUCGGCGGAGAUCCGGGACCCGUGGAAGAAGACGCGCAGGUGGCUGGGGACCUUCGACACGGCGGAGGAGGCCGCGCGGGCGUACGACGCGGCCGCGCGCAGCCUGCGCGGCCCCAAGGCGAAGACCAACUUCGGAUCCGCCGACGAGCAGCCGGUGGCGUGGGGUCUUCCCCCGACGCCUCCGGGCUGGAGGACGCCGGCGAUCGGCGGGCGGAACCUGUCGCUGGGGCUUCCGGCCGGAGGAGGGCCGGGGCGAUCCGUGUGCCGCGUCGACGCCGUCGAGGUGGUGGCGCAGGAGAACACCGCCGCCGUUGCCGCUGGCGGCGCGGCGGAGGCGAAGACGCCCUUUGCGUUUGAUCUCAAUUUGCCGGCUCCUUUCUAUUGAUGUAGAUCGGACGGUCGAGAUGCCUCUGUUAAAAGUUUUCGGUUUUUUUUUAGCCGGUCGCGGCUUUGUACAGAGGGGUUCACAAGAAACCGGUUGAGACGCGAAUCCCCCGGUUGACUUGUGCGGUUCGGUCUUUAAUGCCAUAUGCGCGUCUUUUUCGAUAUUAAAUGACCGAAAUGCCACCGAAACUAUUGUCGAUUACUAUGAUGCCACUCCGCGUACGGAG